AAAUCUGUUAGCAAAAGAAGAAGAUAUGGGAAACAGUUUACGGUGUUGUUUGGCUUGUGUACUUCCAUGUGGAGCGUUAGAUUUGAUCCGUAUCGUACAUCUCAACGGCCACGUCGACGAGAUCACUCGUCCAAUGACCGCCGGUGAGAUCCUUCAGGCGAAUCCUAACCAUGUUUUAAGCAAACCUUGUUCUCAAGGAGUUGUUCGUAAGAUCUUGAUCUUGUCCCCUGAAUCUGAGCUUAAACGUGGAAGCAUCUAUUUUCUUAUACCGGAUACUUCUUUGCCGGAGAAGAAGAAGACAAAGAAGAGAAAAGAGCUCCGUUGCCGGAAAAAGCCUCUUGAAAGCGGCAGUGACAUUAAUAGUGAUCAUAUGAGUACUAAUAAGGAUCUUGAUGGUCAUUGUUUGACAUUUUGUGAGAAAUAUUUGGAAGAUGUUAUGUUGUCGGAGAAGAUGAGUUCGGCCGGUAAAGAGAAUCGUCACCGUCGGAAACAUAGCCGGUCAGCAUCAGUGUCCACGUGGCGGCCUCACCUUGAUAGCAUCACUGAGGAUCUUAAUUAAUUAGUAGUUUUUUUUUUUUCACUCUUCGUUUAAUUGUCUCUAUUUU